AUGGUGCUGGGGGCUGAAUGGGGAGUGGGCUGGCUAGGGUCACAUGGAGACUGCAGAAAACAGGAAGGACAGAAACAAAGAGGCCUAGGGAAGCCAACCUGGGGACUGCCGCGGGCGAAGAAGAGACUCCUGUGGCGGGUCUUCCUGUCUGCAUUUGGUUUCUUAGGCCUGUACCUAUACGGGCUCCGUAUUCUCAGGCACUUAGAAGUCUUCAUCCCCAUGGGCAUAUGCCCUCCAGCCACCGUGCCUCUGCUCAGGGACAAUUUCACGGGUGUUCUGCGCCACUGGGCCAGGCCUGAAGUCCUGACCUGUACCUCUUGGAGAGCCCCAAUUAUUUGGGAUGGCAUGUUCGACCCACUUGUAGCUGAGCAAGAGGCGAGACGGCAGAACCUCACCAUCGGACUGACUGUCUUUGCUGUAGGCAGGUACCUGGAGAAGUACCUAGAACGCUUCCUGGAAUCGGCAGAGCAGCACUUCAUGGUGAACCAGAGCGUUGUGUACUAUGUGUUCACCGAUCGCCCGGAGGCAGUGCCCCACGUGACCCUGGGCCAGGGUCGCCUGCUGAGGGUAGAACCUGUGCAGCGAGAGAAGCGCUGGCAGGACGUGUCCAUGGCGCGCAUGCGCACGCUACACGAGGCUCUCGGAGGGCCGCUGGGCCGAGAAGCUGACUAUGUGUUCUGCCUGGACGUGGACCAGCAUUUCACCGGUAACUUCGGGCCGGAGGUGCUGGCCGAUUUGGUGGCACAGCUGCAUGCCUGGCACUACCACUGGCCGCGGUGGCUGCUGCCCUACGAGCGGGACAGGCGAUCCGCUGCCGCGCUGUCGUUGGGGGAAGGGGACUUCUACUACCACGCCGCGGUGUUCGGGGGCAGCGUGGUGGCGCUGCGCAAGCUGACGGCCCACUGUGCGCUUGGCCAGCAGGUGGACCGUGAGCGCGGCGUCGAGGCGCGAUGGCACGACGAGAGCCACCUCAACAAGUUCUUCUGGCUGUACAAGCCCACCAAGCUGCUGUCUCCCGAGUUCUGCUGGGCCCAACAAAUCGGCCGGAGGACAGAGAUCCACCACCCUCGGCUGCUCUGGGCACCCAAGGAGUAUACACUGGUGCGAAACUAG